GUCUACUGAAUGUUGACUGAUAAAGGGAGGUUGGACUUUGGAGGUACCUACCUAUCGUACCUAUUUAUUCAAUAAGUUAGCUUGUGGCUUGCAAAAGUACAGAAUAAGUCUCCUGUCUUUACAAAAUAAUGUGAAUUUAAGUUAAAUAAUGAAUAUAUUAUUUUCAAGAUAAAUACACAUGAUAGAAACAUAUAAAUAAAAUCGUUAUUUACAAAUCCAGUGAAUUAUUACCUGAUAAACCUCUACAUCCCCAACAUGGGUGGAGGUGAUUUGAAUUCCAAAAAGUCAUGGCAUCCCAAUACUAUGAAAAAUCAAGAAAGAGUCUGGAAGGCUGAACAAAUAGCUGCAGAAGAGAAAAAACGAAUACUAGAAUUACAGCAGGAGCGAGCCCAAGAGAGAGAUCGCCAUGAACUCAACGAAUUGGCUCGGAAAAAUGCUCCAACAACAAAUUCAGACAAUCGUUUGGAUUGGAUGUACAAUAAACCCGACAAGCAAGUUCAACAUGAAGAUUAUCUUCUCGGUAAAGCCAUUGAUAAGAGCUUUGAACAAGGUGAUAAAGCGGAACAGAAUGAAAUUCCAGCAGUGGCACGUAGAGUUGUAGGGUCUAGUAUGUUAGCAUCUACAAGCGAUGUGCAAGUUGACUUGGCCAGAAAAAUAAGAGAAGAUCCUUUACUACUGGUAAAAGAAAGAGAAAGAGCGGCACGAGCGGCUUUAUUAAAUAACCCUGUACAGAGGAAACGCCUAGCUGAGUUGUUAAGACAAGAACAAGAACAAAAAAAGGCACAAAAGAAAAAGAAAAAAACAAAAAAGGCAGAUAAAGACUUAGAUAACAUUUUAGCUGCAAAACUAAAUGCAUUGAGUUCUAGCAAAGUUGAUCUUGCUAAACUUCUUGAAUCUGACGAUUCAUCAGAUGAUUCUUCUGAUGACGAAAAAUCUAAAAAGAAAAAGAAGAAGAAAAAGAAACAUAAGAGUAAAGAUAAAGGAAAAGAUGAAGAAAAAGGUGACCGUAAGAAACAUAAAAAACGUAAACAAUCUGAAAGCGAUAACGAAGAAUCUUCCCAAGAUAGAAAAAGUCGUAAGAAUAGUUCUAAACGAAAAAGUAGCGUAAGUGAGGAUGAAUCGAGUCCAAAGAAAAAACACAAAAAACAUCAUAAAAGUAGUAAACAUAACGAUAGUGACGAGGAAUCAUGUGAUUUAAACGUCAAACAGCCACAUUAUUCAAAACAUACGAAAUAUGAUAGCGAUGUCGACUAUGAUAAAAAGCAAGAGAAAAAAUAUUCAAAAGAAAGAAAGAACAGCAUUGUUGAUGAUGAUUAUAAAAGAGAAAAGAACAUACUAUCACAAAAACAUCAAGAACAUACUAGCACAACAAAAAGCUUUAAUCAUGAAAGAAGUAAAGAUAAAAAUGAACGAACAUACUAUCACAAAAACAUCAAGGAAGAUAGAAAAAUCAACAGAAAAGUUGGUUUAAGUGAAGAAGAAAAGGCAGCAAAAUUAGCAGAAAUGGCUGCAGCAGGUGCUGAACGAGAAGUACAAAGAGGGAGGCGCGUUGCAGCCCAACUAGCCGAGAAUUCAGCAGCCGAAAAGAGUGUAAUGUCACGAGCUUCAUCACGUAAUGAAGCUCGCGCGUUACCAGAUUCACUUGAAAGUAGAAUCCAUUCCAAUAGACAUUAUAUUCAAAGGGAUCAGAGACAUAUGAAUGAAAAUUUUGCUAGGAGAUGAUAAUAAAAUAAUAGACAUUAA